UAAUUGCUUGAGGCUAUUUAAAUGAAGAUAAUAGGCUUGAUCUAUAUCCUGUGAAUAUAUAUAUAUAAAUAUAACAACGAUUGUUAAAUGUUAUUAUUGUAUAUAAUAUUCCCUUUAUAUUUUUAUGUUUUUUACUAUUGUUUUGUUGAUUUUCUUUUUUUUUUCUUGAUUCAUUUCCCCCACCUUUUUCUCUCUUAUAUUUUAUUUUCAUUUUAUCUAUUUUAAAAAUACAUCUAGGGAUAUAUUGUGUAUUUCUUAUCCUAAUAAUAUUGUUUGGAGCUAGGCGUUAAAGACGAAGAUAAUGAAUGACAGAUCAGCAACUUUAAUUUGUAAAAAAUAAAGUUCAAAUUAUUUUAUUAUAAAUAAUUAACUAAUGCCACACAAUCAUGCGGUCAGAUUCGAAGAAGGAGAUAGUCAAGUAUGAAGGCGAAUCUGGUUCGAUUGAGGGUUUACCUCGAGCCGGUUACCGUGGAAAUUCGGAGAAGUCUGUGGAUAAGAAGUAUAUAUUUUUAAUAGUGCUUGCUUUGAUUCUACUGAUAAUCGGAAUUGCAUUGAUUGUUCUGGCAAACAAGAAAUCAGAAAAAGUAUGUGCAACGAACACUGAAAAAAAGUACGACAUUUGUGGGUAUUCGAACGAAGCUAAGCGUGUUAAAUUUGGCGAGUUUAUUUUAAAAAUGAAGAGGGAUUACCAUGACAUUUUCCGAGAAGAAAUUGCGUGGGACCCUGCUGCAACAGAAAAAGACAUCAAAGAGAAGUUUAAAGCCCAUGAUCCAAGUCCUGAAAAUAUUAAAAGGAUUACUGAACGUGCUAAAAAACUAUUACAGGAAGCAAAUGAUUUGAAUCCCGAUCUUUCGAAAUUAAAACCAAGAGAACACAAGGCCUACCUCCAAACAAAACAUUUCCUCGAAAAUACUUUCGCUUUCUCCUAUCUCAACUACACUGCAGGCUUGUGGUUAAUGGGGCCAAGUGGUUUUUGUGCUGAACCUAUUUGCCACAUAGCCUAUGGUAUUUACAACUCGAUUGGAACAAUAAAACCACAAAACAAAGCUGAUGUCGAUAGAAUUAUGUCACACUUUAAGGAUUAUAAUGCCUCCAUUUACAAUUAUAUUGGUGUUUUAAAAAUGGGUAUACAAAAAGGUAUGGUUAGAACGAUGGUAGAAUGCACAGCUGGAAUUGAUGCUAUGAAAAGCAAACAUCCAAACAUUACAAAGAACGGCGCAAAAGGAAUAUCAGGUGAAUGGUAUGCAUCAAGUUUCUUCGAAUUGUCUUUUUAUGAGAACAUAUCCACUGAAGUGGAUGAAGAGAUCAAAAACGAACAUGGAAAAAAUAUCAGUAACUACAUCCAAUCAUCCAUUGAACUUUACAUUGGACAAGCUGUGGAACGUUUGUUGAAGUAUCUAGAGUUUGAGCAUUAUCUAUAUUGUCGUCCGAACAAUGACAGUUCUGGCGGAGGUUUGUCUGCGUUACCAAUAGAUGUCAUUUACUACAAUGGUAGUGUUAUCAGUGGUUCGAAAACUGAUCCUUUCUUACCCAACUGUACUGAUCCUGAAUGUCGUUUGGACGGAAAGAAGGCGUAUGCUGCAAUUUUGGGAUAUUUCACCACCAAGAACAUCCAUCCAAAUAAUGUGCAUCAAUUGGGAUGGGAAAAUCUUCGCAAACUGUAUCCACAGGUGAUUGAAAUCGCAAAGAAUGUUACGAAUCUAGCCAACGAAACAGCAGCUGUCGAUGCUUUCAAGUUAAUACUUACGAACUUGUCGAUAAGUUAUUUUCAUGAUACUCCGUUACCAGAAAACGAAACAAAGGGCGAAGCUUUCACUAAAUGCACGGACGAAGAAAGCGCAAAGAAAUACUGUCCAACAAGAUGGAAGGCUAUGAUGAAGUGGUUCAGUUUUGCUCAAAUGGCAAUGAGUAUUCAUGAUCCGAACACGGUUGAUUUCUUCUACUUCACUGGGGUACGACACAGCACUCCCAAUUGUCCAGUAAAGUUGCGUCCUGAUUUCAUUCCUUCCAGUGGAGCGCAAAGUUACGAUAAUUCUGACAUAAAUUGUACUAAGCCUUGCCACUACAAUAUUCCAUUUUUCUUGGAACAUCUAGGACCUAAAUUUUCUGAAUAUUCCGUUAAUGCGCACGAAGCAAGACCUGGUCAUCAUACGCAGGUACAAGGGUUAACAGAACAUUUUCGUGAUAAAUGUGGAGGUCCUGAAGCUUGGCUAGAUGACAAAACGUACUAUACUGCUUUUACAGAAGGGUGGGCGUUGUAUGCAGAAAACCCACUUAUUGCGCAAGGAACAAAAAUUUAUGACGAUAAUCCAAUGCAGAAGUUUGGAAUGUUAAAGUGGCAGAUAUGGCGAGCACUUCGUCUAAUUGUUGAUACCGGCUUGCAUUACAGAAACAUGUCUCGUCAGGAAGCUCUAGAAUUAUUCGAAAAGUACGCAUGGGACAACACCGACUUGAGCAAGAAAGAAGUAACUCGUUAUCAAAGUAACUAUGGGCAAGCCACAGCUUAUAUGAUUGGCCAGUUAGAUAUUUGGUCGCUACGCAACAAUACGGAGAAAAAGCUUGGCGACAAUUUUAGCAUGAAAGAAUUUCACUUACAAACACUCUCACAGGGUUCCUCACCUUUAGCGUAUUUGGCGAGUUACAUUAAUAAAUAUAUCGAGUGUAAAAAUAAUCCGACUCAACAAUAUUGCGAUAUUGUUUUGAACCCAACACAAGCUGCACAAUCCCAACCACAGUCGUCUGUGAAGAACAAAGAGAUCAGAUGGCCGACGCACCGACAUUAUAUUUAAAUAUAUAAAUUAGUUUCUUAGGCAGUUUGUUUCUCAUAUAUUCUUGUUGGACAACUUCAUAAGACAACAAGUGUUUUCGCAAAAAAGUUGUUUAUAAACUUGAACUUACAAAGUGGAAACAAAAACUGUAUAAAAUGAUUAUGGUUACUUAUUUUUUUCCGCUUUAAGAUUUCUGUGUACUUUUUUUUUCUAAAACCUUCUCAUAGGCGCUUUGUCUAGAGAAGACUUUGUGUUUCAUGUAACAGACAAGCUGUAUUCCCUAUAAAAUAUAAUUUCCAGCAAACAUGCAGAUAUAACAGCCAAAAACUACAGGCGGAACACCAACUAUGUUAAUGCGGAACACCAAUCAUGUUAAUGUUGUUGUUUUUGUUGUUUUAAUUUCUAUAGAAAUGAUGUACAUUUUGAAGUUUUGUUAGAUUUAACGUUGUAAUGAUGGAAGGGUACUCCUUCUUUAGUUUAGAAAAAUCUUUAUUUUAUUUUUGGUCUUAAAUAUAUGUAAAUUUUAUCUAAAUUUAAAAGAUGACCCGUUCUUGUAACGUAAAAAGCGUACAGAUAUAUUAGAUUUUUGUUUAUUUUAUUUUUGUAUGUUAUUAAAUGAUAACUAUGUUGGAUUCCUGAUCCAA